GGGGAAUGCCACUAAGGAGUUCAUCGAGAGUUUACAGCUGAAGCCUGGACAGGUGGUAUACAAGUGCCCUAAGUGCUGCAGCAUCAAGCCCGACCGGGCACAUCACUGCAGUGUCUGUAAGAGAUGCAUUCGGAAGAUGGACCACCACUGCCCUUGGGUUAAUAACUGUGUGGGAGAGAGUAACCAGAAGUAUUUUGUAUUGUUUACAAUGUAUAUAGCCCUGAUAUCCCUUCAUGCCCUCAUCAUGGUGGUGUUUCAUUUCUUGUUCUGUUUAGAAGAAGACUGGACAAAAUGCAGUUCUUUUUCACCACCAGCUACAGUGAUCCUUCUUAUCUUGCUGUGUUUCGAGGGUCUCCUUUUCCUCAUCUUCACUUCCGUAAUGUUUGGAACUCAGGUGCACUCAAUAUGUACUGAUGAGACUAGCAUUGAGCAACUGAAGAAAGAGACUCCCACUUGGGAAAAGAAGCUAUACUGGGAAGGACUGAAGGAAGCAUUUGGUGGUGAAUUCUCCUUCAAUUGGUUUAACCCAUUUUCAGGCUUAAAUUGUAGAAAGCUUUCUUCACGAGUUGAAAUUAUAGAAGACGACACAGUAGAGGAGGAAGAAGAAGAAGUAUGAAGCACUAAUAAGCUAGCUAAGCACUACAAAGAUACAAGCUGGACUGCAUUCUUUAUAGCGGAUUGAAAAGUGCAAGUUCUGUUAGAUAAAUCUGGCUAAGUAAAGUCAAAGUCUGUACAGGACCUUGGUGGUGGUGUGUUCCAUACAACUAAGUCUCUCUAAAGUUGCUGAAUAUUAGCACAGCUACUUCUGCAGAAACUCGCACUAGAAUUAAAGUUAAUCACUGAGUGUUUUCUGUGAAUUCACUUAAAAUCUGUUUACAGUGGCUUCAUACAUACUGGUAUUGUUUUGCUUGGGUACACUUGGAACUGAUUUCCUAGACACUACAGUUCCAUGUGAGUUUUUCCUUCAAACAUAUGACAUCUUCAAAAUGGUCUUAUUCAUUCAUUUGUUUUCUUAAAGCUUGUAUUUAAACAGCAAUGUCUGUGUUACCUUGCUUUCAUUCACAUUCCUGUAUAAGAGAUUUGUGUUCCCCUAAACCUGAAGUGCACUUGGAGGAAGAGCAUUGUACUCUGGUACAUAUCUAUUAAUUAUGGGUCAUAGUGUGUGUACAGUUUGUAAAAUGUGGCAUGCUGAACAUAGAGAGGAAGCAGGAUUCUCCAUACUUGCACUAUUAAGGUAUUAGCAGUCACUAUGAUGCAUUUAUUAUAGUUAUAAGUAGAAAUUUCAAGGGUAACACGUGUCUCAAGGUGAUGCAAUAAAUAAUCCAACUGAAAUGCAUUUUCAACAUGUGUAAACAAUACAAUUGUUUACUUUUUUUCUUUAAAUGAAAAGGGCAGUGCUUGUAUUCAAUUAAGAAACACUUAAAAAGUCAGCAGC